GCUGCAGUUCGUCAGUACGGUUACAUCAGCUAGAAACGCAUAUGGAAUUUUUUCUUGAUAGGCAGUGUUAUGCUUCACAUCAGUCGCUUUCCGAUAGUCGGUGGCUUAAGAAGUUUGGGAAGAUAAAGUGGUGAAAUUUUAAAAUAAGUGACAAUAGUAAAUUAAUUUAUAUUUUAUGGCUGAUUAUGAACGUAUUGAAAAGUGUUAUAAUCACAUUGCCUAAGGGCCUGUCAUCAAAGGCGCCUGGCAUUAUUUCAACAAGCGAAUUACCAAAAUCUGUGCCGAAAUUAAAUUUUACUACUUCUGUGUUAACUAAUAAACCGAAUAUGGAUACGAAGAAAAUCACUAAACACGAAGAAAUUCAGGAUGAAAGUUUAUCAUUCAAAACAGAUGUUUGCGUUCGUGGAAAAAAACGACGGCUGGACCAUUUGACAUGGGAAGAAAAACUUCAGAGAAAGAAAUUAAAAAAUAGAGUAGCAGCUCAAACAUCUCGGGAUCGUAAAAAGGCUAAACUUGAUGAAUUAGAAGAAACUGUUCGAAGGUUAAGAGAACAAAAUGAAUUAUUGACACAGGAAUGUUCGAUGUUAAGAUCGCAGAAUGAAGUGUUGAUUACAGAAACAAAAAGAUUGAGGAAAGAAAGAGAAAUCAAGAACACAGAAGACUUUGUUUGUUCCAUGUGUCAGAGUCGUGUCAGCUGUGCUGUGUCCUCACUGGGAUCUACAGUAUCCUCCACUCACCCUCUGCAGCAGGGUGGAACAACACAGCUGGCAUCAACUCUGACACUAACUCCAGGAGCAACAAUUCUUCUGAAGAUUCUGACCAUUUACUUCCUCUUGAAGAAUUGUUUAGUGAACUCCAAGGAGAUGAUUAUAUCGAACGACUUGAAAAACUUGCAGAAAGUCUUCUGCGAGAAGUUACAGCAGAAGUGGAAGCAAAUCCUCAUAGAACAAAUGAACAAGCAACAACCAAGGAAAAUACCACUGAGGAAUGUCACUAUUCAGAAAGAGUGGUGGGGCAGACAUCAAAAGAUGUGGAAACCAAUGGAACCUGUAGAAGCAUGAAUAUACAUGAAUCAUGGCAUCCUGUUUCUAGCACAGCUAGUACACCUUAUACCACAAGUACGAGCGUACCCAUGUCAAUAAAAUCAGAGAUUGAAAUAAAACAAGAAGUCGAUACACAUGAUUUAGACACUAUUUAUGGUACUUACGACGA